AUGGCUCUUACAAUCUCUCUCUCUAUAUAUAUAUGUCUUUCAUUGAACAAUAUCUGAAUAUUCCCAGGUCAUUGAACAUUUUUUUUCAUAAUUUUAGCUCUAAGAAUAAUGGGUUUGUAUGAUCCCUAUAGCCAACAUUUUUAAUAAGUCUUAUUGCUGUUUUUUGUAGAAUAAAUAGGGAUUGUGUUGUAGUUUUAUAAUUACUGCCCCAAACCUCUGCACAGUAACUUAAAUAAGGUAACACCAAUGAACAGUAAAUAAUGUAGAGAGAAUUUGUAUCAAGAAUCUGUUUUGCCUUGUUGCAAUACUUCUUGAGACUUUGGAAUGAAUAUGUUUUAUGUGAGGUUUCCAGCUAAUAGUUGUUAUAUGUUUCCACACGGACCCUGUUGAGGGGAACACACACCGGAGCAGGCAUGCGGAUGAAGCCAGGGUGUAAAUGUUAUGCUACGUUCUAUGUACAAGUUGAAUAAAGUGUAAGCAGCUAAAAGUGCUUCAACCGUCCUUUCUUGUAAUAUGAGGUGUCCAGCCUUUGGAAAGCGCUGCAAAAAAUGUGGUAAAGAAAAAUCAUUUUUCUGUCAAAUGUAAAACCACACAGGAUAAAGACAAGAGAGGAAGACAAGUACACCAAGUGACUGAACAGGACAGUGAGGAAUAUGAGGACAUCUUGAGUGUCACCACUACAGAGAUACUGACAGUGACUGGUAAAGAGGCCGGGGAGGACAAAGCCAAGAACAGCCAGCUUUUCGCAGGGAUGCUAAUCGACAAGGACAUAGGCGGCGCGUGAGGCUCAGUCUCUUGUCCACACUCCAGUCCAGUUGGUGGCGGUAAUGCACCUACAAGUUGGUUUGCUAACCGCCAAUAAACACGAAAGAAGAAGAAGAAGAAAACGAGAGAAGAAGAAGAAGAAGAAGAAGAAGAUGAAGAAGAUGCACCUUUAAAGUUCUUUGCAAUCCGCCAAAAACCGAGAGGAGAAGGAGAAAAGAAGAGGUGAGUGACAUCUGAUGAGCAGCAUGGAGGAGAAGAAAGAGACCCCUGGAGCUCAGAAACCGAAAGGAAGAGAGAGACGUCACAGCUGUCAGCAAUGUGACAAAUCCUUUACAGCAUCUGGAACUUUAAAGAGCCACCUGUGUAUUCACACAGGAGAAAAAACGUACAGCUGUGAAGAGUGUGGGACAACUUUCACUAGAUCAGGUCAUCUCAAAAGACAUCAACUUAUUCAUACUGGAGAAAAACCGUACAGCUGUGAAGAGUGUGGGACAACUUUCACUCAAUCAGGUCAUCUCAAAAGACAUCAACUUAUUCAUACUGGAGAAAAACCUUACAGCUGUGAAGAGUGUGGGACAACUUUCACUCAAUCAGGUGCUCUCAAAACACAUCAACGUCUUCAUACUGGAGAAAAACCUUACAGCUGUGAAGAGUGUGGGAAAACUUUCACUCAAUCAGGUGAUCUCAAAACACAUCAACAUAUUCAUACUGGAGAAAAACCUUACAGCUGUGAAGAGUGUGGGACAACUUUCACUAGAUCAGGUGAUCUCAAAACACAUCACCGUAUUCAUACUGGAGAAAAACCUUACAGCUGUGAAGAGUGUGGGAAAACUUUCACUAGAUCAGAUGCUCUAGAAUCACAUCAACGUAUUCACACUGGAGAAAAACCUUACAGCUGUGAAGAGUGUGGGAAAACUUUCACUACAUCAGGUGAUCUCAAAAGACAUCAACGUAUUCAUACUGGAGAAAAACCUUACUGGUGUGAAGAGUGUGGGAACACUUUCACUACAUCAGGUGCUCUCAAAUCACAUCACCGUAUUCAUACUGGAGAAAAACCUUACUGGUGUGAAGACUGUGGGAAAAUGUUCACUACAUCAAGUGGUCUCAAAAGACAUCUUCGUGUUCACUCAGGAGAAAAACCAUAGUGGGUUUAAGAGUGUAGGAGCUGCAAUUAAGCAUAUUUUGUUUUUUUCACAGUUUGCAAUAAACAAUUUCCAUCUA